AAAUAUCUCAACCAUAGAGAAAGCCAAAAAAAAAGAUCCACCAUUCUUGCUCACCUCAUAAUUUGCUGCCAUACACUAACAAUUAUCUUCCAAAACCAUCCUUUUGAUGGCCAUUACAACCGCCACCGCCAUAACCAUUCCAUCACUAAAGCUUCAACACCCAUCACUACAGUACUCUUCCCUCAAGCUCACCGCUGCAAUUCCAAUUCCAAUUCCAAUUAUCUCUACUGAAACUGUUUCCAUUUCAGCAGAAACAGUAGCACUACCAAGUGCAGCAGUUCAGGCUGUAGAGGAUGAUGUAGUAGCGAGGAGGAAGAAGAGAAGAAAAAGAAGAAGAGGGCUGGUCCAGAUUUUAAAUUUAGAGGGGGAGAGGGAUGAUCAAUGUCAGAAAACUUUGUUUCAGUGUGUGGAUAAUAAUAGAUUUUUAAGCUCAGUUGAGGAGGCAGAGUUGUGUAUCUGCCUUAAGGACCAAGCAAGACUAGAAGCAGCAAGAACAAGAAUUGCUGACACUCAAGAAACUGAGCCGAAUUCAAAACAGUUAGCUAAUGCCUUACGGACUAGGAAGGAAAGUGUAGAUAAGAUAUCAUGCAGAGGUAGACAAUCGCGCGAGAGGAUUAUUCGCAAUUACCGAAGACUUGUUGUUUCCAUUGCCAUUAGUUAUCAAGGGAAAGGAUUAAGCCUAAAAGACCUUGUUCAGGAAGGUAGCAUCGGCCUAAUUCGAGGUGCAGAACGAUUUGAUCCAAGAAGAGGAAACAAGUUAUCGACGUAUGUUUACUGGUGGAUCAAAGAAGCAAUCAUGACAUCUAUAUCAAACAAGUCGAGAAUAGUUAGAGUUCCGGGAAGCUUGAGGAAGAAGAUGAAAAAAAUUGCAGAAGCUAAAAUUAGCUUGACUAAAAGAUUAGGGAGGCUGCCUUCUUGUGAUGAGAUUGCUAAAGAGCUAAAUGUGAAUGUUUCAACAGUUCUGCUUGGUUUUAUGAGGAGCAAAACCUUGGUUUCGCUAGAUAUCGCAGUAAGCGAUCAAGGUGGCAUGACUCUUCAGGAGAUCAUGCCGGGUCCAGAAGAAAUGACACCGGAGAAUAUGGUAAAGAAGCAGCAAUUGAAACAAGAGUUGGAUGAACUAAUUAUUGAGAGACUUGAUGAAAGAGAAGCAUUCAUAUUAAGGUUAAUGUUUGGACUCAAUGGAGAGACACCACAGUCCUGUGAUGAGAUUGGAAGAUCAUUGAAGCUGACUAGAGAAAGAAUAAGGCAGAUUAAUAGUAUUGCAUUGUCAAAGCUAAGGCACAGAACCGUUAUAGAGAAUUUGAAAGUGUACAUUGUGUAAAUUCUAUAGAGUAUUAUGUUGUUUGUCAAUGCAAAUUGAAAGGAAAAAAGGAAGUCAAUUUGUGCAGUUGUUUUUUUGUAAAUUGAUGUUUAUAAACAUAUUAAAUUUAACAAGUUGUUAUUAUAGGAAACUAGAUUUUGAGCAAA